AUGGAUUCCGCGCGCACACCGUCGCUAGACUGCGAGACCCUGCACUCUUACGAGGGCUGGUUUUCUGGCAAAGGACAAACACAUGGCUUACACAGUCGGCAGCCAUUUUCAGCGAAGAAUGGCCAUCGGCAAACUGGUCUGAAGGCCCAGGAGCCCACGCCUAUUUCUUUACCAUAUGGAGCAGUUCCACAGUAUGCUUCGAUCUUGGUCAAGAAGGCUACGGAGCAUAUCGAAAACUCUUUCCAUGAAGCAACGAUCGCCUUCGAAGUCGAUCUCCAGUUCCCCGCACUGUUGUCCUACAGCGCUCCGCCUCCGGCAUAUGAGGAUGCGAUUCAAGACCUCCCACCCCAAUAUUCCACAAUCGCGCCGCUAGCUCGACGGAAGAACCUGGCCCAGAGUACGGACCUCGAAAGUGGUGGAGACGCAAAGUCGAAAUCUUCGCAUCCAAUAAUCGACUUUGAGACCCCCACCGGUAUUCGGGAGCAUAAAGGUAAGAAGAAGAAAGGAGGAGCUGCGAAGAGCGCCGCCUCGCCGCCCGCAAACGACCCGCCGCCGCCACCACCCCCAGAAGAGAACAACGACAAACCAGAGGAAAGCGCAGGAGGUGACUCUGGAAACGGAGGCGGCGAUGAUGGUAACAAUGGAGGCGAUGGCGGGGACGGUGGUGAUGAUGAUUGGGGUGCCUGGGGCACGUCGAGCUCUAAGAAGAAAAAAAAGGAGGAGGAGAAAAAGAAACAGGAAGAGGAAGAGAGGCUUAAAAAGGAGGAAGAAGAGCGUCUAGCUAAGGAAGAGGAGGAGCGCAAGGCCAAGGAGGCUCAGGAAGAGGCGGAUCGGAAAGCUGCAGAAGAGGCCGCAGCUGCAGCUGCAGCCCAAAACACGGGUCUGAGCUGGGCAGACGACGCUGGAGGCGAUGACUCAUGGGCAGCAAUUCCUAUUGGAAAGAAAAAGGGCAAGAAGAAGGGCAAGGCUGAGCCGGCUGAGGCCGAGCCUCCCGCGACUUCCUUCCAGGACGUGAGUCUGAACGACGGAGCCCCGCAGCUUGAUUUGAACCUCGACUCUCAGAAAUCCGCCGGUUUCAACUUCGGCUGGGGAAAGGACCUGGGUUUUGCCGGUGGCAACAAAUGGGGCCUCGACUCGAUCACAGGCGCAAACAAGUCAAAAGAAGACACAAACCCGUGGGGAAACAGUGCGGGCAAGGUGGAUCCUCUAAACAUGUCAAUGGGUUUUGGUUUUGGCGGAGGCUUCGAUAGCACGCCGGCCGCAACAAACGGCAAUUCCGGGGAGACCAAGGAAGCUGAUGACGAUGGCUGGGCCAAUAUAAUAUCCGGAACCAAGAAGGAUAAGAAGAAGAAGGAGCCGGAGGUGGAACCUGUCAAAGAGCCUGAGCCUGCAGCAGAUCCCUGGGGCCUGGGUCUAUCGAAGAAGGAGAAGCGGAAAGCGAAAGCUGCUGCAAAGCUCGAGGAGACUCCUGCGGAACCUGUCCCCGAGGAGAUAAUCGAUAUUGCCGAGAAAGAGCCAGAGAAGCCAGCUGACGAUGACAAUGACUGGGGUUGGGGUAUCACAAAGAAAAGUGAUAAGAAGAAGAAGGAGGAGCCUAUAGUGGAGGAACCGCCAGCACCGGAACCACCCAAAGCUCCUGAGCCUCCUCCUGUCGAUGACUGGCUAGGUGGAUUUGGUACAACCAAAAAGGGCAAGAAAGCGCAGAAGAAGGCAGAAGAAGAGCGAAAGAAGAGAGAAGAGGAAGAGCGGAAACGCAAAGAGGAAGAAGAGGAGAAGAAACGCCAGGAAGAGGAGGAAGAGAGGAGGCGGCAAGAAGAGGAGGAAGAAAAGAGGAAACAGGAAGAGGAAGAGGAACGAAUACGACAAGAGGAAGAAGCUCGGCUUGCCAAAGAGGAAGAGGAGCGAAAGGCAAAGGAAGAGGCAGACCGCAAAGCCAAAGAGGAGGCCGAGAAAGCGGACGGUUGGGGUUGGGGCUUCGCGACAACAGAUAAGAAGAAGAAAAAGAAAGGCAAAGCUGUACCAGAGCCUGUCCCCGAGCCACCUCGCGAGCCUACGCCACCUCCUGCUGAGCCCGAGCCUGAGCCUGAACCAGUCCAGGAGCCAGAGCCAGAGCCUGAACCGGAGGAGUGGAAGCCUACUUUCCCAGAUGAUCCGCUCUACGAGAACUGGAUGGAAUUGUCAUCUAAAGAAAGGAAGAAGCGUGAGAGGCAGUUGAACAAGAAAGGUCUUCCCAUUCCAGGUAAGGAUAUUGAUCUCACGCCUCCUAAGAAAGAAGAACCCCCUCCAGAACCGGAACCCGAGCCAGAGCCAGAACCCGUCCAGGAGGAACCAGUCCCUGAACCAGAGCCUGUUCCGGACGAGAACAACCAGCUCGUUGAGAUUAUCCAACAAGAGCCUGAGGACGACAUUGAGGAAACUGGUUGGGGAAUUUGGGGAACUUCCAAGGAUAAGAAAAAGUCCAAAAAGAACCGGAUAUCAGAAGAACCUCCACCUCCUGCGCCUACACCUCCUUCUCUAGGUCUUGAACGGGAAUUCACCAGGGAAUCCGAGCUGGCUGAGCAGGAUCCCAUCUGGGAUGAUUUCGAUGAUAGACUUCCCAAAUCCAAGAAAGAGGAGACCCCCGUCAAGGCCGCUCGAGGAUUCUGGGCCACUCUAGGAGCAGCAACAAUGGGCAGCAAGCCAAAGGCCACGAAGAAGAAGUCCGAAGAAAAGCCCAGGGACCCUGACCCAGUAGAAGAAGCAGCUCCGCCUCCCGCUGAGCCAGAUGAUCUCCUGAUUGAUGUUGGCGAACCCAAGGACGUCCCGCCUAUCGCGCCUGAGGCGCCUGAGGCGCCUCCAGCACCUGAGCCACCCGCGCCACCCGCGGUGCCAGCUAAGACAAGUGUUGCCACCUCCAAGUCCAAACCGCCAUCCAAGCUCUCCGUAGCGGAGCGCAUCAGCGCCCUCGAAAAAGCAAAAAAGGAGCGGCUGAAAGAAAAGGCUGUGCUUGAGAAGGUCAAAUCCAAGGAAAAGGACGCCCCCUCGCCUGCCCCGGAGCCCGAGCCUGAGGUUGUGGAGCCGCCCCCACAGGAGGACCUAGUAGAUCUUGACCCUGAGCCUACCAAGACGAAACUGUCACGGGACUCGGUUCCUGGAAGUUUCCCUGACGCUUUUGACGACGAGGUUGAUGAGAUUCCGCCGGCGGACCCUGAGCCUGUCCCCCAACCGGAGCCUGAACCUGAGCCUGAACCUAAGCUCUCUAAGAAGGACAAGAAGAAGGAGAAGAAGAAGAAGGGAAAGCUUAUAGAGCCGGAGCCGGAACCCGAGCCUGUUCCUGAACCAGAACCAGAACCUGCCGCUGAGCCAGAGCCAGAACCGGAACCAUUGGAACCGGAGCCUGAACCCGAGCCGGAGCCGAAACCUUCAAAGACCGAGAAGAAGAAAAAGAAGAAGGAACCAGAGCCGAUAUUCUCAUUAUUUGGCGGAAGGUCGACUAAAACGAAGAAGCCAAAGAAGGUUGAGCCAGAGCCCGAGCCGGAACCAGAGCCGGAAAAGGAACCUGAACCUGAACCGGAGCCUGAGCCUGAGCCCGAAGUUACACGCGAACUUGAUCCGGAACCUGAGCCUCAGCCUCAGCCUGAGCCGGAACCAGAACCAGUCCUAUCCAAGACUGAACGGAGGAAGAAAAAGAAGGCCAAGGCAGUUGAACCUGAACCUGAGCCCGAGCCCGAACCUGCGGUUGAAGCAGAGCCGGAACCAGCACCAGAACAACCGGCGGAGCCUGAUGCUGAGCCCUCAGCAGAGGCGGAGAGAGCUCUUGACAUAGAGGAAGAGCCUGCGCCUGCUCCUAAACCUGAGAAGAUGGUUAGGAAGAGCAAAAAGAGCUCGAAGAGACCUGUGCCGCCACAGGAUCCUCUUACCGCUGAAGACAUGAUGGCUACCGGUGCAAUCGAGGCGGAUGGCGAGGAGCCGCCCAUCCCUUCACCAGAGACCACGCCUGAGAAGCCAGCCAGAAAGGAACGCAGCCGCGUUGAGCGCACGCCUGGAUCUACGCCUUGGGGCUUUUGGGGUGCCACACCUACUAAAAGGCCGCCUACCAAGGAAGCUAGGCUCACGAAGGAGGCCUCCCCUGCGGUAGCACGAUCAAGAUCAGUCAAACAGCCAAGAGUGAGAGAGUCCGAGGCGGAAGUCGAGGCCGAACGGUCUUCGGCAUCCGAUAAAGACAGACGGCGCGAAGCUAGGGCUAGCCGUGGUAUGGCUUUCUCCAACUUUAUUAUGGGCGCGCCGCCUUCUCAGCCCUCACGCACGACCUCAACCAGAAGGUCUGCAGUUCACGCUUCUAAGCGGUCGUCAAGGCACCACUCUGUAGAUAUGGAUGAUACUGGCUUCCCCACGCCGCCGCCAGAGGAUGGCGCGGUUCCAGAUAAAGCGGCCAAGUUCAUGGGCGUCAGCGACCCCUCGUCAAGGGGGGAGAGACAUCGGGAGCGGAGAAAAUCUCGGGCUCCCGAUCCAUAUGCUCUUGACGACGAAGACAUUGUGGUGGUGAACCGUGACGAGGUCGAGCAUCCUUCCCGGGGCGGCUCAAGACAUUCCGGCUCACGUCAUUCCGGGCGGGAUUCUGCGAGAAGAUCACGAUCAACCCCCGAAGAACCUCGUGAAGAUGAGGAACGGGCACCAGAUGUAUUUUCCGGCCCAGAUGACAUGGCUUUUGUGGAAGCCCCACCGUCUCGAGAGCGACGCUCAAAGCGCACCAGCGCACCGCCGCCUAAGAAGCCUGAGGCGACUGGCCUCAUGGGACUGUUAGGGUCCCUGCGGCGGAACACACGACCUGACCCGCCGGAGCGCCGAAAGUCACGAUCCUAUCGAGACGACGAUGCAAGAUAUGCGGCGGAAGACGAAGCUCGCCGUCUCAGACGCGAAGAGAGGAGACGACGCUCUGUGCGCCCCGAUGAUGACGGCCAUGAGCCACCGGUGAUCGGCGCUUUCCCAGAUACAGAGGUCGAGGAUGCAGAGGCCCGGCGCGCGGCACGCAGGGCGAAGCGUGCGUCGCGGCAGGCACCGCAGGUUGCUGCAGAUGAGCUACGGGAGAGUGAUCUCCGCGAAGCAGAAGAAAGGCGGGCACUUCGAAGAGAGGAGAAAGCCCGUGAACGCGAGAAAAGGGCGCGCGAGCGCGAAGAGUACGAGAGACAACUCCGGGAAGAGGAAGAGCGACGGCGCGAAGAGAAGCGCGCACGGCGUGCAGCCCGUGAAGAGCGCCUCCGCAGGGAAGAACAAGAGGCGCAAGAGGCAGAAGCCCGAGCAGCCGCAGAGCGCCGCGAGCGCAGACGACAGCGGGAAGCAGAGGUGUACGAGUAUCCCGGCUACGAACAACGACAGAGACGGCACCGUUCACGGGUCGACGACAGAACCGCACGGAACUUCUAUUAUGAUGGGCGUGAGGCUGAGCGCUCUCGCCCUUCUCACCGGUCGGAUGAGAAGUCGAGACGACGACGGUCCAAUGCACCUGAUCCGACUCGGCCUACACCCAUGCCGCUUGGCGCGCGCAAGGACAAGACUUCGUCCUGGGUAGACUCCCAGGCCGAUGAGCCGCCUGAGCCUCCGCCAAUCGUGCCCACGGUCCUUGACAUGCCCCCGGGCCCGGACGAGCAGGUUCAAGGACACACGAUGUCCUCGGACGAAGAGGCGCGCCGCGAGCUCCGCAAGCAGGCCCGCCGACGCAGCAAAUACCCCGGACUCGACGACCGGGAGAUUGAAGACCUUCGCGCGAGAAGACGCGAAGCCCGCCGGGCAGAGCGCGAGGGUGUCAAGACCAGCUCGAGCGGAGACUAUGACCGGGACCGGGGGAGGUACGAUCGGUAUCCCAGUGAGCCGCCCAAGAGGCCGAGCUGGCUGAAGAAGCUCACCAGUUUUUGA